ACAAAUAAUUAGUCUUUAUUUAUAAUGCAAGAUGAUUUGUAGAUCAGUCCGUCGGCAGUAAUUUCGAUCCUCUUGAACACGUCCAUUCAUUGUCCAAAGUGCACUGACAGUAACCCUUGUUCAACCUUUUGCUGAUCCGAAAUGGCUGAGUGUUUUUGGUGUCCUAGUUGUCUUUUGUUGUGCUGAAAGAGCAGCAGUGUGUAUGUAUAUAUAACACAAACAAUUUAGCUGAGGAGAUAUACAAACUGUUUUGCAAACCCAUAAGAAAUAAAUGUGAUGUCAAUCUCAGGAAAAGCGAUCGCAACUUGGAUCCAUAAUGGCGUAUCAGGACCUACCCGUAAAGCUGCAUAAAAAAACAGAAUAGAAAUUGGACGUCAUCAAUCAACGAUGGAAGGGAUUUUAAACCAAUGAUAUUAGUAGUAAAUUGCGCUUCCGAAAUAUUAGUCAAUCCUACAGAUCAUAUCGGCUAAAGAUAUAUCUUUAUACAUGUUCCAGGGUGCACGCACAGGAGAACGUUUCCUGCCCUGAUGCAUGGUGGUCGAACCGAAGGGAUUGUUGGAAAUUUUUUAGAGCAACCAUGCUGUUGGCUCAGAUUAACCGGGACUCCCAGGGCUUUGCAGAGUUUCAAAAUGCAGAUGGAGACAAUCAACAGGUUACCCUUUGUUUGGCAGAGGCUGUUGCGGUUUCAGAUGAUCAGAUGGAGAUGGACACUGUAAGUUUGCAGGCUAUCACCCUUGCAGAUGGCUCUACAGCUUACAUACAGCACAAUCCUAAAGAUGACAAGUUCAUGGACGGACAGGUCAUUCAGCUGGAGGAUGGAUCUACUGCCUAUGUCCAGCAUGUUUCAAUGCAAAAAUCAGAAGAGGCCAACAGGUGGACAGGCUCCCCUUUGUGUGAUGUCAUUGGAGAUGAUGGUCUGAGACUUGAGGAUGGUCAGGCUGUGCAGCUGGAAGAUGGAACGACAGCUUACAUCCACACACCAAAAGAUACCUAUGACCAGAAUACCCUACAAGCUGUUCAACUGGAGGAUGGUACCACAGCAUACAUCCAGCAUACUAUACAAAUGCCCCAGACCAACACCAUCCUGGCCAUCCAGGCAGAUGGGACCGAGUCCGAUCUGAAUGCUGAUGAAACCCUCGACCAAGAGACUAUCAAUGUAUUGGAACAGUACACGGCUAAGGUGGAAGUGGAUGAUAUGAACUCUGUACUGGUGGGAGCUGAGCAAGAUUGUGGCAUGCAGAUGCAGAUUGUGCUUCAGAAGCAGAAUGUUAGAAUUCCCAGGGAGCAGCAGCCUACUGAGAAGUCCUUCCGCUGUGAUUAUGAGGGCUGUGGGAAACUGUAUACAACUGCGCACCAUCUGAAGGUACAUGAGAGGUACCACACUGGUGACAGGCCAUAUAUCUGUGAUCACCUGGGCUGUGGAAAGAAGUUUGCUACAGGUUAUGGCUUGAAAAGCCACAUAAGGACACACACUGGUGAGAAGCCUUAUCGCUGUCAGGAAGUGCCCUGCGCUAAAUCCUUCAAGACGUCAGGCGACCUUCAGAAGCACAUCAGAACCCACACAGGAGAGAAGCCAUUCAUGUGCCCCUUUGAGGGUUGUGGUAGAUCGUUUACGACCUCGAACAUCCGGAAGGUCCACAUUCGCACACACACCGGGGAGCGGCCUUACUACUGUGCCGAGCCUGGCUGUGGAAGAGCCUUUGCCAGUGCCACAAACUACAAGAACCACAUGAGGAUUCACACAGGAGAGAAGCCUUAUGUGUGCACAGUCCCGGGCUGUGAUAAGCGCUUCACAGAGUACUCCAGUCUUUACAAACACCACGUUGUCCAUACACCAUGCAAGCCCUACAACUGCAACCACUGUGGGAAGACCUACAAGCAGAUCUCUACCCUGGCCAUGCACAAACGCACAACGCACAACGAUACUGAACCCAUUGAGGAAGAGCAGGCGACCUACUUUGAAUCCCCAACAGAGGCCAUAGAUGAUCCGUCAGUGAAUUUUGCCCUGGUUGAGGAGGACGAGGAGGAUGAGGAGGAGCAGCAGCAAGAAGAGGAGUCAGACCAGAUGACUGGAACUGAGGCCAUUUGUCAGCAGCAUGUGCAGUUGAUUACACACCCUGAUGGAACCCAACAGGUCAGUGUCAUGCAGGCUGGCAUGCAGGCGUUAGGAAACACAAUCACCAUGGUGACGAGUGAUGGCACUACCUUUACUGUUCCUUCCCAUGAAAUGCUCAAUGCAGAUGGCAUGCAUACAGUCACCAUGGUGGCAGCCGACGGUACAGAAGAGCAAGUGGCCAUUGAUUUGGCCUCUUUUCAGAGCAUGCAGGUGGAAGACUGUGUUCACCCUGUCACUCUGGUAGCCACCUCAAAUGGCACGCAGGUUGCUGUCCAGCUCAGUGAACAACCCUCAUAUGAAGAAGCCAUCAGGAUUGCAUCAAGAAUUCAACAAGGAGAAACAGAAUUAGAAGAUUAAGUAAGGGUUUCAAAACAGACUUCUACUGAAAUAUUUUAUUUGAUGAGAACAACUGAUUCUACAACUCCUACCUAAAGGAUAUUGUUCUUAAAUCCAAACAGGGAAUUUCUUGGGUAUUUGUAAAUAAACAUUUUAAAUAUGGCUGCACAAAGUUUCUAUAAAGUGAGACAUCCAUUACUUGAGUAAGAAAUGCCAGUGAGAGUUGCUGCCUGAAUGAGAAUGUUUUUUGACUAUUUGCAGAAAUAAUUCCAAGUGUGAAUAUUGUACUCUAUUGUGUAAAUACAGUAAAUAGCCACUGUUUUGAAACCAGCAUAAAUUUUACUUUUUGAAUGUGUACAAAUAAUGGAUACAUGUUGGUUUGUUAAAUAAAGCUGUACCAUUCUGUUUGCAUUGAU